UAUGAGGUAACAUUCUAGAAGGAUGGAGAGAGUAGGACAGGAGGCAGACAACUGUUCCCUCACAAAUAGGGGCUUCGGGGUAGCCAUGUCCUAUUUCAUGUCUCCACAAACUCAUCCGGGUCUUCUGCCUUCUGGCCAAGGUGGGGCUGCUUCUCCGGGCUCGUCCCUUGGCCUCUAUAGUCCUGCAGAGCCAAUGGUGGUGGCCUCUAGUGGACUAGGCCCACUGAGCCAGAAAGCUGAGCAGGUGGCACGUGCUGCCCAGGCCUGGAGCCCGGCCCUGGCAGUGCCAGAAGCCAGGGGCUGCCCUGGGGGGGUUGGCUGGGAGACACUGCGGCAGAAGGAGUAUGGCCGAUACUGCCACAAAUUCCCCCAUGCAAGGCAGCCGGAGAACCUGGGCUGGGAGGAUGGCUGCUCCAGCAGCAGAGAUCCCCACCGGGGUGGCCCCAGCAGGCCUGGACCCCUGCUACUGUGUGAGCUGUCACCAGGGGUUCUGCCGAUGCCCUCUGAGACAGGCGGGAAGGAAGCCAGCUCCCAGCCUGACAUCUGCAUCCUUACCCUGGCCAUGAUGAUCGCUGGCAUCCCCACCGUGCCUGUCCCAGGCCUGCGGGAAGAGGACCUGAUUCGGGCGGCUCAAGCUUUCAUGAUGGCCCAUCCGGAGCCAGAGGGGGCUGUGGAGGGGGUGCGGUGGGAACAGGCACAAGCCCACACAGCCUCUGGGCACAUGGCCCUAGGGAGAUCCAGGAGGGGCCAGCCUCCUGGCUCCUGCUUGUAGCUGGAUGAAAUUGCACCAGACACAUAGGGUGGCUUCUCCGUAUGGUUUUUGGGCAGACAGGGUUGGGGGUGCCUAUGGCAGGGGAGGGGAUAGGGUGGUUGUUUGAGCCACUCUGACAAACACCAGUCCUUCAUCAGGGCCCAGACACCAGGAAGUUUCUCCAGAUACCAGGAAGCCAGGAGACAGUCUUGUGAGAGUAGUAAUGAUGAAAAUUACCUGUGGUAGGGGCCCUGCUUGGAGAGUCGAGGCUUCUUUUGUAUCAUUUUGGGACCUGAUCAAAAUUUCUUGUACAAAGUCCUAGGCAAUGUGAAUUUUCCUCUUGCCUUACAUUUCCCAGCCUACUGAGUGCAGGUGAUGGGACCAUCAGCAAGGAAGGAAAAUUAACAUUUAUCUGAGCACCCACUGGGUGUCAGGCCCAUUAUAUGCCCAUUUUCCUUUAAACUUACCAAUGCUGUGGGGAUCCCCUUUUUUACAGAUGAACAAAUUGAGGCUUAGAGAGGCGACUUGCCCGAAGUCUCAUAGCUAGUAAAAAGGAGAACCAGGGGCUGGCCUGGUGGCACAGUGGUUGGAUUUGCAUGCUCUGCUUCGGUGGUCUGGGGUGAACGGGUUUGGAUCCUGGGCGCAGACCUACAGACCGUUUGU